AUGCCGGCGUGUCCGCUGCAGCCCGAUCUCGACCUGCUCCACAAGUUUCGACAAAAGGAGAACGAAUACAGCCGCGAACGCAAUGCCUCGCCUUUCCGAUGGAUCGACAGCCAGAAGAGGAGGCCGACCGAGCCUCUCGCAGACUGCGAUGAUUCCUCAGACGAAGAUUUUGAGGAUCUCCUGGGCGAGGGCGGCAAUCCGGCGCACUCUUCAUCGCGGAGUGUAGCGCGAGAGCUGAUUCGGUACGAGCCGCGACAGAUCCAACCCGCCAAGCUGGCGGAGAAGUUGGCUCGAGAAUACAAGAAGUGGCACACGGAAAUGACAGUAAAGCUCGAAGAGAAGAAGGCGGAAUCAAAACGGAAAGGCAACAAGAACGACUUCAGCCUAUCCACCACGCCACGGCAAGACAAAAAGGCACACCUCCUCCUCCCCCGCUUCAUGGCCUUCAAGCCACAUUGGAAUCUACAACCGGACACGUCCAGUCCGAGGAAAUCGGCGCGAGACAAGGGCAAGGAGACGAAGAUGGGCGAAGGCUGGGCCAAGCCCCCACUGGGCAAAUCGCUGUCCAACCAGCCAUCUCUGACCUCGCACGUUCGGUCAUCCAGUCAUGACCCACACAAGGAAUUCGAGGACGGGGAGAGUGGCAACGGCGGCGGCGGCGGCGGCGGACGGCAGCAGGGCGGCAAGACCAAGGAUCCAGUCAACAAGGCGAACACGGCCGGCGACAACAGCAGCAGCACCGCCCGCAAGAAACUGACCCAGAGCUCGGGGACCGUAUCGGUUGACGCCGGCACGCUGCGGCAAGUGAGUGAUUCGGGCAAGGACGUAGUACUACUAGCAGACGACUGUGGCCGAAGCGGGAGCGGCGGGAGCUCCACCACCAGGCACGGCCACACCAGGUCACCAGUUUUGACUGACGACGCCGGCGCGUCGUCGUCGUCGCCGCCAGCGCCCGGUGGCGUCAACGGCCACGACAGCAUCGGCGGCGGCGGCAAUGAUGAAGAGGCGGCGAUGACGGAGCGGUCGCGGCUGGAGGGCAGCGGCAGCGGCGGUUCGACGGCUACGGAGCAGUGGGGCGAGGCGAUGGUCGAUGCCGGCGCGGUGGUGGUGGUGGAAAAAGAGAAAGAGAAAGAGAAGGACAAGGAAAAGGAAAAGGAAAAGGAGACGCGCGGCGAGGGAUCGUUCCUGGCGUCGCUCAAGUCGAUGGCCAACCGGACCAAGGCGGCGAAGCGCAAGAGCGCCACCACGAGCGAUCUGCCGGCGAUGAUGAACACGAUCGACGUCAACGCCGCCAACGCCGCCCGGGCCGGGCUCAACAACGAGAACGGCGGCAGCGGCGGAGGCUACGACAGCGAGGGCGGCGGCUGCGCGGCGGCCGGCGGUGGCGGCCGCAUGAGCGCGAGGGACAAGAGGGAGCGGAGCGACAGCGGCAAGGACAAGCUGCGCGGCGGGCGAAGCGGGAGCGAUGGCGGCAAGGGAAAGGAGAAGGAGAAGGGCGAGCCUGUCACCAACGCCACGUCGACCUCGAGCUCGACGUCGACUUCGCUGUCGUCGUCAUCGACAUCAUCGUCAUCGUCGUCUUCGUCAUCGUCGCCGGCGACUGUACAUCUCCAGAAGGCGGACGUCAACAAGAAGGCCCUCGGCAAGAAGUCGCUCUCCAAGCGGGCGAACAACGACCUCCUCCUCAAGAACUCUUGA